AUGUCUCAGACUUGGUCGCGUUCUUCGUCUGCAAGGUGGUGCCCGACGCCAGAGCAGCUGAUGAUAUUGGAGGAGAUGUACAGGAACGGGGCGAGGACACCGAACGCGGGGCAGAUCCAGCAGAUGACAGCCCACCUCUCCCGCUUCGGCCGGAUCGAGGGCAAGAACGUCUUCUACUGGUUCCAAAACCACAAGGCCAGGGAGCGACAGAGACUCCGCCGGCGACUCAUCGGCCGCCACUACCAGCUCCUCUACUCUGCUCCUCCUCCUCCUCCGCCUCAGGAAGCGGAAUGGAUGGCCAUGCCAGAGGCAGACGACGAGAGUUCACCGCCGGCGUGUCAUGGGUCUCUCAGGACUCUCGAGCUCUUCCCUACGACGAGCACCGGCGGCGGGCUGAAGGAUGAAAGCACCCCCUCGUCCUCCUGCUCUGCAAACUAG